CCGUGCCUCCAUCCCUGCCUCCCUCCAUCCCUCCCUUCUUACCCCCGGUGCCCCCAUCCUCGCCUCUCCCCGCGCCUCCCUCCGUUCUUCCCCCGUGCCUCCCGCUGUACCUCCCUCCGUCCUCCCCGCCGGUGCGCCCCGGGAUGUCGGGGCCGGAGCUGAGCCCCGGGGCAGUGCUGCGGUUCCUGCGGGCUCGCGGCGGGCGGGUUCGGAACGCGGAGCUGCUGAGCGCGUUCCGCCCGCGGCUGGAGGGCGGCGGGGACGCGGCGGCGCGGCGGGAGCGCUUCAAGGCGGCCGUCAACGCCGUGGCCGUGGUGAAGGAGCGCGACGGCACCAAGUUCGUGGUGCUGCGGCGGGAGCUGCGCGCCGCCCCUCCGCCGGGGGGCGAUGUGGGCCCCGCGGGGCGCUCCCCGCCGCCGUCCCCCCGCGCCGUGGCCGAGCUGCGGGGGCUCUUCCAGGGCGGCGGGGCGGGGGUGCCGAUGCCCGGCGGCGGGGCGGCUCGGCGGGAGCCCCUGCCCAAGCCCUGCAUGCUGCCCGUGCGCUGCGUGCCGCCCCCCGGCGCCGCGGGCCCCCCGCCCGCCCCGCAGGAGCAUCGGGCCCCGCCGCCGCCCCCCGAGCUGGGGGCUCGCUCCUCGCCGGCACCCCCCGUGCAUGAGGCUCGGGCCCCGCUGUCGCCCCCCGAGGGGAAGCGGAGGUCCCUCCUGUCACCCCCGGAGAAGGAGCGCAGGUCCUCAUGGUCGUGCCCAGAGGAGAGGACCAAAUCCCCGUUGUCCCCCUCGGAGGAGGGGAUGGGGUCCCUCCUGUCCCCCCCAGAGGAGGAGCCGGGGUCCCGCUCUCCCGGGCCGCGGCAGGUGCCCCGGAGCCACCGUGCGAGCGAGGAGCCGUCGGCGGUGCCGCUGGAGGAGGCCGAGCACCGGUGGCUGGUGCUGGCGGCCGGCGGGCAGUGGACGCAGCAGCUCCACGGGUUGCUGCUGGGCGAUUCCAGCUUGGCCGCCCGCAGGGACUUCAUCUCCGGCUUCACCGCCCUGCACUGGGCCGCCAAGAGUGGCAACUGCGACAUGGUGACCAACAUCAUCCGAGCGGCCGAGAAGGGAGGCACCCGCGUCAACGUGGACGCCAGGUCGCACGGCGGCUACACCGCGCUCCACUUGGCUGCCAUACACGGCCAGGAGAAGAUCAUCACCAUGCUGGUCUACAGCUACCGCGCCAACACCGACCUGAGGGACUACAGUGGGAAGAAGCCGCACCAGUACUUGAAGGAAGGGGCCUCCUCGGCGGUCAGGCGCCUGCUGGGGGACCCGAGCCUUGCCCACAGUGCGGAGCCCUCUGUGCCUAUCAAGAAGACCACGAAGCUUGCAGCUUCCAUCUUGAGCUCCACGAGCACUUUCCUGGGAGUCAUAUCUGAUGACAUGGCUUUCUACGAUCUCACCAAAGGUUUAAGGAAGCCCUCAUCCUUAAACAAGCUCCUGGCUGCCACUACGGGCCCGAGGAGGAAGCCAAAGACCAGAAGGGGCUUCCCUUCGUAUUCUUCCCUCUCUGAGGUAACGGAGGACGAGGAAGAGGAGAUUGUCAUGAAACGCAGACCAGUUUCUGAGCUGUUCUUUGGCCACUAGCCUCUGCCUUCUUGGGGUCAAACUGGAAUCUCCAUUUUCUCUCGCAGAAGCAGCUUGGAUUUCUUCUCUUCCUGUCUGCCUCUUUCGGAUGUUUAAACCAACAACAGGGUCUGGCUCCAAAGGCCACUGGAUGAAACCCAGCUCACGGACACCUGUGGAAAGGGAGCUGCCCAGGGCUGUUAUAAAUACUGUCGUACCUAUGUAGUGGUGGAGACCACAAGCUUUGUACUUAAUGGUUGAGAAACUGAAACGUCCUCUGUGUGUGUAGACAGGUUAAAAUGCAUCGGGUACAGCCUUUCGAUCUGUGCUCCCUGGCUGGAGAGCAAAAGUAAGGUAAAAAUUGCAUAUUGUACACUGUGAACAGCGAGCUGGUAGCUGGCUGCUUGAACAGGACUUGUGAUAUAGCAGGCUUAAAUUAUUAGAGGAAAGAUGCAUAGUUUUCUAUGAUGUUUCUGGUUAUUUUGGUAACAGAAGAGGAAUAUUUCUAUUUGAAAACAUUGUGUACUGUACUUUUUCAAAACAAAGUUUCUCCCUAUCCAAAAUACUAACAUAACAAUCUCAAUUCUUGCCUAAAGCAUUUUAUUGGACGAACAGGUUUUAAAAUAUAAAAUGCCAGCCCCCAGCAUUCCGGUCACCAGGACCUGUCUACCUCAGUCUGGAAGCUAGGAUAGCACUUUUAAUUUUCUUGUUCUCUUCCUGACAGACUUCUUGACCCAGUGGUACUAACCACGUCUUGCUGAUACUGUGAACAUUUUAAGCUUGACUGUAGUUCAAUCCCUUAACCUGGAUACAAACCUUGUUGAUAUUUGAAAGUGAAAAACUGAACUGAAAAACUGGGAAUCGGAUCCUGCAGAGCUCCUGAGUAGCCAACAGGAAACAAAAGUUGGGCUUGUAUGUCUGAUUCUUCUUAUUUCAAACUUAGCCUUUGAUUUUGACCCAUUUACAAUAAAUAUAAAAAUCAGGCUUUAUGUUCCGUUAGGUGUUUCAGAAUGACUGCAUGGCCUCGCGCAGCAACGUGUAUCUCAGCAGCAUGGAUCACUGACCUAAACCUUACUCUUCUUUUAUGUUAUAAAGAUGAUUGUUCUAUACGGAGAACUACACGUAGCUCCAAAAGUAAUACAUUUGCAGUGAGAUUUUUUUUGUUUUUAAUCACCAUUUUGUUAAUGUUAACGUGAAGAGGCAAAGCUGAGAACAGAAACCCUCUGGCUCCCGGGGGCAGUCUGCUGAACUACCAUGUGCUCUCUAGAAACAUAACUCUCAAUCCUGUGUAACUUGAGGUGAUGAAGGUGACAAUAAUACUGCGCUUGCUCUGCUUCUCAGCCCCAUUAGGUGUUUCUGUACUGAAACACUUGUUUGCAUGCUUUGCCUUUCUUUCCAAGUCAGUGGCUUCAGGAAUGUUUUCUUUCAGCCUUGAAUUAAGUGUAGGGCUUCUAACUGGCUGUCGCUGGCUUCUCCCAAACACUCGGCAAGGAAUGCUGCAGGACUGCGCUGGAGAGGGAGGCACAGCCCUCUUGGACUUUAAAAUGUUCUCCCUGGAGUUGGUGACAGUCGUUGGGAGCGUAAUUGGUGAUGGCAGACGGGUCUGAUCCACCCGCUCUCAGAAGGGACUGGAUUAUUCUACACCGAUCUGCUUCCGCAUUGAACUAAUUAAGUUGUUAAGCAAACGUUACUGAUCAAGCACCUCAUGACUUCUAUAUCUGGAGUAGGGUUUAAAAAAAAAUGAAAUCCUAUUUGCUCCAUAGCUGUUGGUGAAACCAUUAACCAGCGGGGUCACUUGAAACCUAGAUUUGUGCAGCACUGUGUCAGCUUGCAGCCUCCCUGCAGAAAAAAAGGCCUGUUGCUCUGUUUUAAAAAGUCUUUCCAAGUUUACUGACAUUAAACGCUAUAUUUUCUGUAUUUCCCGAAACCACAGAAGCACGUGUGUCUGUUUGUGUUGUGUCCAAGACACGGGCAGGACCGACUGCCUGGUGAAAGUGUUCUGUGUGGGUUGGAAAUGCUCUGCAGUUUGAGCCAGAUUAUUGGGAAGUUUAUUUGUUAGUUAUGGAUAUAUGCUCGCUACCUCAAAUCAAGGUAGCUGCAUUUUUAGUGUUAAUUUGGACAAAAACCUCCUCGAGUCAGAGGCAAGGCUCCACAUUGUUUUCCAUUUAAAAGACCCCAUUGGCCAAGCUGUAAAACAGGGUUAUGACUUUGCCAUAAAGGAAGUAGAGGGAAGGGUUCAUUGCUCUGGCAUUCUGUGUCAAAGGAAAAGCAAGAAGUCACAGUAGAGAUAAGACUUGAUUGCAGCAUGUAUCAGCAAAGGAAUUCUGUGCUGCUCCUUCCUCCGAGGCAUCGCAGCAGUGAGGUAGUCUGAUA